AUGAAACCACAUUUAACCUUUGAAGAAUGCGCAAGUCUGUAUGCGAAUACGAACACAAAAUCAAUGAGUCUUGCAACCCUUAUGAUUACUUUGUGCUCUAAGCAUAAACGAUCGGAAGUGGAAAGAAGGAAAUAUAUUGAUGAAUUGAAAAAUAUUAUUCAUCAUUUUGAUGAAGGCUCUGCCACUAUUAGAACCAUUGAUAUUGCCAUUUCUACAUUAGUGCAAGAAGAAGGCUAUGAUGAGGUUGUAACUCUUGUUAGAAAACUUGGAAAUUCAUCACUUGCUUCUCUGAAGAGUUUUAGAUUGGAUCAAAUCUUAAAAGUUCUCUCAAGUUAUCCGAAUGAUUUUGAAUUGGAUAUUGCCAAACAUAUAUUUUCUGUUUUACUUGAAAGAAAACAAGUCAGUUUAUACGCCUACAAUUACUAUGCACAGUGUUUGUUUAAAUAUAAUUUUGAAGAGGGGAUGACAUUAUUACAUGAAAUGAAUGCUCAAAAAAUCAAAAUUUUUGAUAAUCUGUUUAUUUCCUCAUUGACUUUCUCUUUAAAGAAAAACAAACAAAAAGAAAGUAGAAUGAUUUGCUCAAUGAUUGAACAUUCCAAAACUACCAACAAAGUGCUAUUAACCACAAUGGUGAAUUUUUAUAACAAAUGUGAAGACUAUGAUAAGGCAAUUGAAAUUACUAGAAACGUUAGCAGUGAUGGAUUGGAUACAACUUCAUAUAAUUGUUUAAUUCAAUCCUAUAUUGGAAAAAGUGAUUUAAAUAGAGCAAUAGAGAUGCUUGCUGAAAUGCAACAGCAAAAUAUUUCACCCGACUCGGCCACAUUUACAAUUAUUUUAACUGCUUGUGCUGACAGUAAGAAUUACGAACAAGGGUUGAAAGUACUUUCGCUUAAGAACAAAAUCAAGCACAUCACUAUUAGGAUGUUGAAUGCAAUGAUUAAUUUCUAUAACAAAUGUGAAAAAUUUGAUAAGGCCAUUGAAUUAUUUGAGAGCGUUACAAAAGAUAGAGUAGAUACCACAUCAUAUAAUUGUGUAAUUCAAUCCUAUAUUGGAAAAGGUGAUUUAAAUGGAGCAAUAGAGAUACUAGCUGAAAUGCAACAUCUAAAUAUUUCACCCGACUCGGCCACAUUGACAAUUAUUUUAACUGCUUGUGCUGACAGCAAGAAUUAUGAACAAGGAUUGAAGGUGUUAAAUAUAAUUGGAGAGAACAAGACAUCAAAUAAUCAUUCGAUAACCUCAAUGAUUAAUUUCUAUAACAAAUGUGAAAAAUUUGAUAAGGCCAUUGAAUUAUUUGAGAGUGUUUCAAAAGAUAGAUUAGAUACCACAUCAUCACAACUGUUUAAUUCAAUCCUAUAUUGGAAAAGGUGA